AUGAACCUGGGGACACGGGGCGGCCGCGCCGUGGCCGCCGCGCUGCCGCUGGCGCCGUCCCUGCUGUCCGUCGACCUGUCAUCCACGGGCCUGGGUGACGACGCCGCGCUGGCGCUGGCGGCCGCACUGCCGGCCUGCCCCUGCCUGGAGUCGCUGGCUCUGGGUGGCAACGUGGUCGCGGACCGCGGGGCCGCCGCGCUGCUGGCCGCGCUCGAGGGCGGCGCGUGCCCGCGGCUGCGGGAGCUCAGCCUGCGCGGCAACAGGGGCCCCCAGCACAGCGCGUGCAGCCACGUCGUGCUCAGCCGCCUGCUGUCGUCCAAGGAGCCGCCGCCCUCGUCGGCCCCGGCCGCCGGCGCCGGCUCCGCCGCGGCGGCGGGCCCGAGCGCGUCCGGCCCCCGCCACGCGCGCUCCGGCAGUGGCAGCGACUGGUCUGUCUCCAGCGACGACCUGUGCGGCGUGUGCUUCGACCGCCCCAACAGCCUGCACGUCCAGGGCUGCGGCCACCUGCUGUGCGUGCCCUGCUACCGCCGCGUCCUGCGCGCGUCCGCCAGCGGCUCGGGCGGCGGCGCCCCGAGCUGCCCCUUCUGCCGCGGCCGCAUCGACGGGUUUGAGUACGCUGGCUGGGUGCAGCGCGCCGCUGAGCAGCACCUGGUCAUUGGCGCGGGCGGGGCGGGCGCGGCAGGCGCGGCGGGCCUGUGA